CGCCCGCUCGCCCGCCGCCGGGGAGCCGCGGCCGAGGCGCAUGGAGACAGCGGCCGCCGCCGCCGCGGGCUGGGUUAUUUUCUUCCAUCUCCCUCUCAUCUCUGGGAGCUCCAUCCGCAUUGGGAUAGGCAGCAACUCCAGCCUCUAUGAGCAGAGCAUUCUGCCAUGUAAGAAGGAAGAACUGCAGUGUGGCACCGGGCUCUGCCUCUCCAACUGGCUGCGCUGCCGCUACAGGAAGGACUGCGGCCGGGACUACAUGUCCAUCCAGCUGACGUGCUCCAAAGUUCACCUGAACCAGAGCAGUCCAACCAGUGAGCUCCCCAGCUACAGUGAGAAUGGCAGUGAUGCAAGUUUACUUGUUUCUCCACUUCUGGUGGCUGGAGUAGUGAUCGGACUUGUGCUGUUUCUGUCCUGUGUCACCAUCAUUGUUGGCAGCCUGAGGAAGGACGGACGGCUGAGACACCCACACCAGAGGAGAGACACUGCUUAUGCUCCAGAUGGCUUCUCUUAUGGCGGCUCUUUUGGAGAGCUGAGAUCCACCUGCAUGGAGGAGUUUCCCCCAGCUUUUGAUUUUGGUUCCUAUCUGGAUACACUUUCUCAGGUCAACAUCAUGUAUCCCGAUUCACCUCCACGCUAUGAUGAAUGCGUGGGGCCAGGAGCAACGCAGAUAUAUAUUCCCACAGAUGAUCCCCCCCCAUAUUCCCUUACAGACCCCUGCCAAAGAAAUGAAGUAUCUAUAAACAUCAGCCUGGAGGAGGAAGAAGCAGCAGCAGGGACUGCAGGGCAGGCAGCACACCACGCCACCAGGCUACAGGGCUGGCAGCAGCCCAUCCCAUCCAUCCCAUCCAUCUCUCUGUCGUCGCUCCCCACAGAGGCUGCUCCCCGGUACGAAGCCGUGGUGUGUGAGCACAACAUCCCCAUCCCACUGGUGCCAGUGGAAGUACUGAAAAACUCUCCCUCUGACUAUCAGACCAUUCUGAGCCAAAUCCUGUGAAUAAAAGGGGCUUUUUCCUUCCAUCUUUCUGAGGAACUCAGACUGAAAAAAGAACACGUUUAAAUGGAAGAAUAAAACCUCUUAAAGUUUUACCUAUUUUAUAUCUUUACUAAGGGAUGUAACGGGAUUGUUUUUUUAUUUUUUACAGUCAAUUUUGAAAGUUUACCUAAACUUCCCUCUUUGUGCUUCUAAGUGUUCCAUGGCAUCACGUAGCACAGAAUAGCAGCAGUGAGGAGCAGUACAUUGGCCUUCCUGGAGCAUCUCAGAUCUCACUGAUGUUGCCACUCUAUGUGUAUAUAUAUGUUAUCUAGUCAAGCUUACUCCUCGAUUUGAUGAUAAUCUGCAUGCUUUAGAGCAGAAGGAAGAAGUGCAUUUCUCGUCUCUGUAGGUGUCAGUAGUACACUUGAUCCAGUGUCUUGGCAACAAACCAUUUGUUAAAAAUUCUUUUUCUAAAUAUGUAUUUUCCCACAGACAGAAACAGAACGCAGCCCACAAAACAUCACUAUCAGCACCACACAGAAGCCAAAUAAAAAAGGAGGAAUCUUUUGAUACCCGUGGUUUUUUCCUCGGAUACCCCAGACCGUUCCAAAGCCUGAUCUAAGUCUCUCAUAAAGUCGGGAGCAAGUUGGAAGGUAGCAGCAGCUGCUCCAUAAAAUGGACUUCAGGUUAUUACCCCCACUAAGGAUGAGUAAAAAGGAGGAUAAGUAAAUAUAUAACUGUAUUUAACAGCGAGCAUCGUUCAAAUUAUUAAAACUAAAUCUCAAUUUUCUGUAACUAAUUUCCAACUGUACUCAUUACUCAGCACUCCAAAGAUCAAUGGAAAUAUAAUUAAUAUAUAGUUGGGAAGGAAUCAUUUGGUUCCUACUGCUCUGUAAAUCAUACCAUUGCUGAGUCAUACGCACGAUGGAAUCAGAUAAUUAGACAUAUUUUUAAGCAGCUAACAGUAAAUAUGCACUUGCUAAACAACAGAAAGCUGUUGCAGAUCUCUAAAGUUUUCAAUGUAUUACACCCAAAGCAACAAAAACUCAAGAUUUUGCAUUGCAAAGUAAGCUGGUGGGCACUGCAGAACUACAACUACAUCCAGUACUUGUAUCUUUAAUGGACAAAGCUAUUAUUCUGCAUGAAGCACCGGUGGAGACAGUUCUGUGACACACAAAGUAUCCCGCAAUGAGAGACAGAACUCUGCACUGUCAGUCAGGGCCAGAAGAGAAAAGCAGCACAGAAGUUUAGCAGUCAGCUGUAUUAGCAGGAAGAAGUGAAGGGAAGCACAAAGGUUUACAUAAAGCAGGGCAUGUAAUGGGGACAGACCAGAACUGGGGGCUGAUGCUGUGGGCUGGAGAGGGAAUCCAGCAGGAAUCAGAAGGUAAAUGGGAUUUUGGUUUUUGAAUGUGUCUUUCCUACCUGUACGGCAAAGCUGGGGGCUCUACUGAAGACAAGCCAUUCACAAGUGUCUGCUCUGUUAUACAUUAUCUGCCUGUUUCUGUGUUCUGUGGGCAGUACUUCUGUCUGUUAACCUGACAUGGAUUUCAGGCCCUGCCACUACCUUUGUAUCAGAGGGAAAUAAUGAUUUGAUUUUACAGGAUAACUCGACUUUAAGCAGACUUCUGAAGAAAAGGGGGGAUUUACACCUCGCCUCACGAUAGAAAUACUGCACUAAAAUCACAGCAGAACGAAUCAAAUCCUUUCCCACGUGAGGACAGGCACAGCACUGCCAACAGCCUGCACUGCCACACAGCACAGCGGGACUCAGCCACCCCAAUCAGCAACCAAAGCACGUCGUAUAUCGGAACUCUGAGAGAUCCCAGCAGAACAGUCAGAGCACCUCAAGAGUACAAGUCAGCUCCCAUUCAACUACAUUAAAGAAAUUCACAGCCCCUUAUCGGACUUUAAACUAUGGUAUCGCUGUAACAGCAAUCCUAAAGCCAAGCUGAACGUAGGCCUCGUGUUAAUUACGUGAUUAAUAGGAGAACACAGACUGUUUGGCGAUGCUGUUCCUCACCUGCAGGACAACAACUCUGUAUUUCUGUAGUCAUCUCUUCUGCCGGAAUUUUUGGUAUAUGGAUCUUUGCAUACAACUUUUAUUAAAGAACAUACAUGUACUCA